UCGCUCGCGCAUCAUGUUGAUUAUUAGCUGAUUUUCUUUCAUUCGUGAACAUUAUCUAAUCGGAUUAAGGCUCGCUGUACGCCCCAAUUUUAGGCACUGGAAUGCGACUCAAAGCUUACAUCCCACUUCUUUCUUUUUGGUUUGAUAAAUAAAUCUCUUCAGAAAGCUCGGGUGAUGUUUCUUGUGCAGCUCUCUCUGCUGCUGUUGGAGCCGAGCCUGUGGCGGCUGAUCACAGGAAGCCCUACCGACGAUAACACACUCCGGGGCGGCCAUGGAGAGCAGGGAGAGCCGGGACACACCGAGCACCACAAGGAUUCCUACAGCACUUUCGCUUCAGAAUUUCUGGAGUCCAGAUACCUUUCUGACGAAGGUUAUCCCUUCCCAACAGCACCGCCUGUUGACCCUUUUGCCCGCAUCAAAGUCAGCGACUGUGGAGUAACGAAAGGCUGCAUCAGGUAUGGAAAACCGGGCUGUGAUGCAGAAACAUGCGAAUAUUUCCUAAGUUACAGGCGCAUCGGUACAGAUGUUGAAUUCGAGAUGAGUGCAGACACAGAUGGCUGGGUUGCUGUUGGCUUUUCUUCUGACAAGAAAAUGGGAGGUGAUGAUGUCAUGGGCUGUGUCCACGAUGAUAAUGGACGGGUGAGGAUCCAUCAUUUCUAUAACGUGGGCCAGUGGGCCAAAGAGAUCAGGCGAAAUCCAGCUCGGGAUGAGGAGGGCCUGUUCGAGAGCAAUCGGGUGACUUGUCGCUUCAAGCGCCCGCUUCACGUGCCACGUGAGGAAACACUGGUGGACCUGCAUCUCAGCUGGUAUUACCUGUUUGCCUGGGGACCUGCUAUACAAGGUUCCAUAACAAGGCACGACAUCGACACACCUCCAGUGUCUGAUCGCAUGAUCAGCAUUUAUAAAUACGAGGACAUUUUCAUGCCCGCUACAGCCUACCAGACGUUUUCAUCCCCGUUCUGCCUCCUGCUCAUUGUGGCCCUCACAUUCUACCUGCUCAUGGGAAGCCCAUAGCCAGGAUGACCUACCAGUGGGAAACAUGAUUCACCAUGAAAACAGGCAGGGAUUAUUAUGACUACGACAGCAUUAGAGACAGGCAGCAAUAAAACAGUGUUGAAGAAUAAUCAAAAUCAAAAACAAGCUGUAUAUUGAAAUCACAGGAACAGCUAAUCAUCUGCAGUAAGCUAGAGUUUUAGGAAGAAGGCUCUAUUACUAUGGAGCAUAUUAUUAAUCAAGCUCCGAGGCCAUAUAGAUGAAAUGCCUUAGCUUAUUUGUCACGUGCAUCUCCAGUAUUGCCGAUACGUUCGGUAUUUCUUCACGGCUUGUUAAAUCAAGUGCCAAAUACAUGCACGUGCCAGUUUGUUCACAGUAGCACCACACAUUUCCAGUAUCACUAGGAGGCGCUGCAGUAAAUAACCGUGUCAGCAACUCUUGACAAAGAAUCAGAAACAGUUAUUCUGCACAAUAACAGAAAUGUCUGAGUAACACACUGAAGUUCUCUAAAAUAUAAUAUUACAUUAUGACUGUGAAGCAGCAUCUGUUAUCUGUUGAAGUAACACGUUCGAACACAUUGUUUAAGCCCACGUACAGACUUCCAUACAACCACAACACUCCAGCAUCGCUGCAGUAGUAUUAGCAACUCCCUGAAGCUGAAGCAUGCCAGCAGACCUGGAUUUUCUGAGCCACUCCACAGACACAGGUCUUUUUUAUGUGCUAUUUUGACAUGUUUAGAGCAGUAUUUCUAUUCCACAUAAAUUGUAGAAAACUUGUUUUGCAUUUAUUAAAUCAGUGUUUAUCUGUUAUUGAGAUCUCGUUAUUAAACUGUCCCUCUCUGGCUGUUUUUUUUCACCAUGUUAUGGACUAAACUGACUUAAGUAAAGAAUAAAACUCAACAGUGUGUGCUUUUACAGGAAAAUAAUCCAAGACGGGGUGAUGUGAUGUGGCCUGAUGCAAAGUGGCAUUACUGUUACGACCCGAAGUGGAUUAUUUUCCUCACGCAGCACACCAGGAAGUGUUGAUUACAUUACUUUUCUUUUGGUGAACAAUGCUUUGUACAUUUCAGACAUUUAUAGUCAGAUUUAAUGUUGUGGAACAAUUUUAAAAGGUCGUUCUGAUUAUUACUUACAUUCAACAACUAUAAACAGUCAUUCCCUCACCAGCCUCUAUUUUUUUCCCUCCCUUAAAGUUAAUAAAACAAACAAACAAAAAAAAAUAGCAGAAAAGAAUGCAAAUCCCUCCAUUCUGAGACUUUCCCUGGGUGGAAAACAAAUUUACCUGAUUAUUAUUACAGAAGACUGACACUGAAGACUCCAUCUAUAAGUGUUAUAUAAACCUCUCCAGGCUUCAUAUCAUCAAUGACUGUUUUUAUUUGUUAAAUAUCCUGUUUUUAAAUAUUUUUAUUGUUAGUCUUAGAUUAUGCGAUUCAUCCACCAUACAAGUCCUUGUGAAUUAGCUGUUACUAUAGAAACAAUGACUCAUUACAACCAGCGCGUUAAUAUCAAUCUGUGAUUUUAAUUACAGCCAACAGGACUGUAAUUUAAUAGCAUGAUCUGCUUUUAUAGAAAUUUAAACCAACACCUUAUAAUAAAUCAGAAUUGAGAAUUCAA